AUGGAAAGUAACCAAUCGACGAAUGGAAGCGGUAGAAAUGCUGCUGUGAACUCUGGAAGAUCUCGCUAUGUUCCGCCGCACAUGCGAAAUGGUGGCGGCGGAGGAGGCGGAAACGAGCGUGACGAUCGCAAUUACAACGGUAACAACGGUGGUCGAGACUACGACAAUCGCGAUAGACGCGGUGGAGGAGCCGGUGGCUAUAAUCGCGGAUACGACAAUCGCUAUGACGAUCGUAACUCCGGCUUUCGCUAUGACGAUCGCAACUCUGGCUCUCGCUAUGACGAUCGUAACUCAGGCUCUCGUGGAGGGAAUCGUGGACCUCGUCAGGAUCGCGGCGACGGCGGAUACAAUCGCGGAUAUUCUGGUCGCGAUUCGUACGGAUCCGGAAGAUCGUUUGGUGAUCGAAGCGAGCAAGGCGAUCGCAGGGAUCGUGCGGAAGGCGGAAAUUCGCGAUGGUCUAAUCUGGAUGCUCCGACUGGCGGAGAACGUGGUUCGUCGAAAUGGGAUCGACAGGGACCUCCAGACGAGAGAGUCGAGCAAGAACUCUUUUCGGGACAACUUUCCGGAAUUAAUUUCGAUAAAUAUGAGGAAAUUCCAGUCGAAGCUACUGGAGAUGACGUUCCAGCUCCAAUUUCGUUGUUUUCUGAUUUGAGUCUUCACGAAUGGAUUGAGGAGAACAUCAAAAAGGCUGGAUACGACAGACCAACUCCAGUUCAGAAAUACUCGAUUCCUUCUUUGCAAGGUGGUCGCGAUUUGAUGUCAUGCGCACAAACCGGCUCUGGAAAAACAGCUGCGUUCUUGGUACCUGUGAUUAACGCCAUCCUCCAAGAUGGCCCUGAUGCUGUGCAUCGUCCGACAACUGGACAUGGUGGAAAGAGGAAACAAUAUCCAAGUGCUUUGGUUCUUUCGCCAACAAGAGAACUUUCUCUUCAAAUUUUCAAUGAAUCUCGCAAGUUUGCUUAUCGCACACCAAUUACAUCUGCACUUCUUUAUGGAGGUCGCGAGAAUUAUAAGGACCAAAUCCACAAACUUAGACUUGGGUGCCAUAUUCUUAUUGCCACACCAGGUCGUCUAAUCGAUGUGAUGGAACAAGGAUUGAUUGGACUUGAAGGAUGCAGAUACCUUGUUUUAGAUGAGGCUGAUCGCAUGCUUGACAUGGGUUUUGAGCCACAGAUUCGUCAGAUUGUCGAGCUCAACAAUAUGCCACCAAAGCAUGAGCGAGUUACUGCAAUGUUCUCAGCCACAUUCCCGAAAGAAAUCCAGCUUCUUGCUCAAGAUUUCUUGAAGCCAAACUACGUCUUCUUGGCGGUCGGCCGUGUCGGGUCGACAUCGGAGAACAUCAUGCAGAAGAUAGUUUGGGUCGACGAGAAUGAAAAGAGAUCGUAUCUUAUGGAUCUACUCGAUGCCACUGACGAGAGUUCGCUUACUUUGGUAUUCGUGGAAACUAAACGCGGAGCUUCGGAUCUUGCCUACUAUUUGAAUCGUCAAAACUAUCAAGUCGUCACCAUCCAUGGAGAUUUGAAGCAAUUCGAGCGUGAGAAGCAUUUGGAUCUCUUCAGAACUGGACAAGCGCCAAUUCUUGUCGCUACUGCUGUCGCUGCUCGUGGUUUGGAUAUUCCAAAUGUUAAGCACGUCAUUAACUACGACUUACCAUCGGACAUAGACGAGUAUGUUCAUCGUAUUGGAAGAACCGGACGUGUAGGAAACGUUGGAUUGGCUACGUCGUUCUUCAAUGACAAAAACCGCAAUAUUGCCCGCGAAUUGAUGGACUUGAUUGUCGAAGCUAAUCAAGAACUUCCUGAUUGGCUCGAGGGUCUUUCCGGAGAAUCGAGAACUGGCGGAGGUUACCGCAAUGGAGGACGCGGGCGUGGAAACGGACAGAGAUUCGGAGGCCGCGAUCAUCGUUAUCAAAAUGGAGGAAACAACAGUUCCGGUGGAAGCGGAGGCUUCGGAUCAUCGUCGCGUUCAGGUGGCGGUGGAGGAAACGGCGGAGGCGGAUUCUCGAAUCACUCGCGUUCGAAUCAGCAGCGCCCACAGCCAGCACAAGACUGGUGGAGUUAA